UCUCUCUUUCCAUCACAAAUAUCAGGAUGAAACAUAUCAAACUUGUAAUCGAUCAAGACGUACAGCCAUGCCCAAUUUGCUGUCAGAUUCCGACGAUGAUAACACACCAAUGUCAAAGCUAUUUGGUCGACAGAGGCCAAUACAUGCUCUUCUUGGAGGAGGACAAGUUGCGGAUGUGUUGUUAUGGAGGAACAAGAAGGUAUCGGCAACGCUUCUGGUUGGGAUUGCAGUGAUAUGGUUUCUUUUUGAGGUGGUGGAAUAUAAUUUGGUGACUCUUCUCUCUCAAUUUUUCAUUACUUCAAUGCUCGUCAUCUUCAUUUGGUUCAAAAGCGCAGAUACCUUCAAUUGGACUACUACUCCAAGGAUCCCUGAAAUGAUCUCGAAAGAAUCCACCUUCAGAGAUGUUUCUUCAACCUUACAUGCAAAAUUCAAUCACUUCUUAUCAAGUUUCCUCUAUGUUGCAUGUGGAAAUGAUCCAAAACUCUUCUUUUUGCAGGCUAUUGUUUCUCUUUGGAUACUGUCAGUGAUAGGAUACUAUUUCAGCUGCUUGAAUCUUCUGUUCUUUGGUCUUCUGUCUUUGGAGACAUUGCCAUUUCUGUACGAGCGAUACGAGGAAGAAGUUGACUAUUUUGCUGGUAGAGUCAACAGAAGGAUGAGGAAGAUGUACAAGAACUUUGAUUCAAACUUUCUAGGGAAAAUUCCAAAAGGACCGUUGAAAGAAAAGAAAGACAUGUAAAUUAAAUAUGCACAAUUUCUGGUGCCACCUUCACUACUGUUCUUUAAUGUUUAAACAAAAGCAAUAAAAUUGUUGUACAUAAUGAAAAUGUUUCAUAUUGUGAAUUCUGAAAAUUUCUAAUUUGUAUUAUUGUAUAGUCUUAUUAUCCUUA